CAGGGGGAAAGUGUUGGGAGAUCUACAAAGUGGAAUUCUUUUCUUUUUCUCUUUUCCUCCUUUGCUCUCUUUGUCAAAGAGACUUUGUAAAAACCCUUCAACAGAAAACCUCUUUGUUGUUUUUAACCCAAUCUAGGAAAAGGAGGUUUUUAAAAAAUUGCAGCCAGUCCCAAGCUAAAUCUCUUCUUGACAAAGCCCAGCUUUACCUGCUUUAGUGCUACUCCAGACAUUUUUUAAUUUGCUGCAGAUCAUAUCAGGACAGUCGAAAAGAAGCUUGUUCAAUUCUUUGCUUCCUCCCCAGCCUCUUGCAGACUUUGCUUUUUAGUGGGGUGUGUGGAUUAUUUUAUACUUCUUUGUGCAGCCUCACCAAAGCUAUUCUUACUCUUCAAUUUUUUUUUUUUAACCCCUUUUCUGGUUACUUUUUUUUUCCUUUUUGAAUUACCAACCUGUUGCAUCUGUAGUUCUUGCAACUGUCAGCUGCAGACAACCUGUGAUAAAAUUGCUUUUAUGUAAAUAUAGGUAUUCUUCUUAAACAUUCUGACUGAGCUCUUUUGGAAUCUAAAGGAGGAGAGAUUUUUUCUCCAAAAAGAACUUUGUUUUUUUCCUUUAAUAAAUCCUGCAACGGUGUGCCUGGCAGAGCCUUGAAGAUGUUCCUGACGCAGGCGCUGUUCCUGUCCCUGUGCCUGGGGCUUUCGCAGGGCUUGGGCUCCUUCGUGCACUGUGAACCCUGUGACGAGAAAGCCCUCUCCAUGUGCCCUCCCAGCCCUGUGGGCUGCGAGCUGGUGAAGGAGCCCGGGUGCGGAUGCUGCAUGACAUGCGCCCUGGCUGAAGGGCAGUCCUGUGGGGUGUACACAGAGCGAUGUGCCCAAGGCUUGCGCUGCCUGCCGCGCCAAGGCGAGGAGAAGCCCUUACACGCCCUGCUCCAUGGCAGAGGGGUCUGCCUCAAUGAAAAGAGUUACAGAGAGCAAGCUAAGAACGAAAGGGAAUCCCGGGAGCAUGAAGAACCAACCACUUCUGAGAUGGCAGAGGAGACAUAUUCAUCCAAACUGUAUAGAAACAAGGGGCUUGGGCGCUUCUCUGAGCUAAAGGCAGAGGCAGUGAAGAAAGACCGCAGGAAGAAGAUGACUUUGUCUAAGAUUGUGGGUGGAGCAGAAAAUACUGCACACCCUCGAGUUGUUGCUCCUGAGCUAAGACCAGAAUUCGAAUUGGGCCCUUGCCGUCGGCAGAUGGAGGCAUCAUUGCAGGAGCUCAAAUCUAGCCAGCGAAUGAUCCCACGGGCUGUCCAUCUUCCCAACUGUGACAGGAAAGGUUUCUAUAAAAGGAAACAGUGCAAACCAUCUCGGGGCCGAAAACGUGGGCUGUGCUGGUGUGUGGACAAGUAUGGGUUGAAGCUGCCAGGAACUGAUUAUGUAGCUGGAGACCUGCAGUGUCACAACUUCGACAGCGGAAACACAGAAUGAAUAUCCCUGUUGCCUCUCCCUGCCAGAGCCCUUCCCCACCCAUCACCCACCCACACCUCACGAUGCCCCAAGAGACUGAUUCCUUUCAUCUCAUUUAAGAAACUGUGGACCUCGGAAUCUACAGCAUGUCAUCAGCUUCUCUCAGUGGCAAUGACAGAGACUGAAAGAGAAAAGGCAACCCAUUAAGAGGAAGGAAGGAAGGAAGGAAGGAAGGAAGGAAGGAAGGAAGGAAGGAAGGAAGGAAGGAAGGAAGGAAGGAAGGAAGGAAGGAAGGAGAUGACCAUGAGGAUGAUAGAUAAGCCAGCCACCUCCAUGGGACAGAGCCAUAAAGAAGCUCAUAGGCCACUAUGCUUGCCCAUGACUCUAGGCUGCCACCCAGAGAAGCACUGACCUAGGAAGGUCUCAGAGGCACUUGAAUAAUAUUUUCUUUUCUCCCUUCUUUGAUAUUGCGGGUUUAAAACCUUUCCAGUUUAAAAAGUACUUAGUUUAACCAGAUGACUCUUAGGACAAGCAGGCCUCUCGUUUAUAUAAAAUUAUCUAUUUGGGCAUCUUUCUUUCUUUCUUUCUUUCUUUCUUUCUUUCUUUCUUUCUUUCUUUCUUUUUCUUUUUUUUUUUAUAAGUUCAUUUCUGAAACCUCUCCUCCCUUUUCCCAAGGACUAAAGCUUGUUGGUGCCCUUGCCCUCUAUGAGUUCUCUUUUACUGAAAAGAAAAAGGUCAGAAGACAACAGAAUCCUACAGUGGGAUGAAGCAAAAUUAAGAAUUAAAAACUUACUGAUCCCAGUGGGUUUCUUUCCCAGGACAGCAAGAGGGUUCAACCUGAUUAUUUAAAGUGUCUGUACAGCCCUUUCCUAUGUAAAUACAGAUGUGUGCACAUGUUUACUCUUUGUUCUCGAUAGAACAAUCCUGUUUCCUUACAUGCAAAGCCCUUUGAUUUUAAUUGUGCAUGAAGGCCGAGCAACUUGUUCAGGGCUAUUGCGUAAGUCAAAGGUGUUCAGAGUUGGGUAUUUGCAGGAUAAGUGCCCAAGCUGACACAUGGUUUGCCAGACAUCCUGCAGGCACUUAAAUGUUUGUAGCUUAUAUAAACACACCUGUGGAUUUCCACCUUCUGAUAGGCUAAAACAAUAAGAUCCCUUUGCUUUUUUAUUGUGGAAGGACACCUGAUACUUCACUACGACAUCCCAAGUGUUGUCCUUUGCAAGGACAAUUCCAAGAAGCUAGUUCAUGAUUCAUAAAAUCACACAUACUAGAAAUGUAAACAUGAUCUGUAAUAAGAGAAAUGUUUUACCAUUUCUCCGUAUCUACAACAUUUAGGGAAGUCACUGUAAGCAGAGGCCUCUACUGUUUCAAAGCAUACUUGAGUGACUGGCUGAAAAUAGGUUGUCCCUUUCCCCCCGCCUCUCCUUGGACAGAGGCUCAGCAUCUCUAACAGCUGCUUAGUGAGCAAAAAUUCAACUCUGCAGGUUUGAUCUACACUAAUGUGUUAUUUGUCCUGGGGAGAAACUGUAUCUAUUUAAUUUUUGACACUGCCCCACUGUUAAAGACCUAGGGACCCUGUCAGGAAAGAAAGAGAACAGAGCCCAGAGAACCACUGGCAGAAACCAUUGAUUUGACAGCUUUUGCAUUCAGGCUCGGGCAGACCACUAAAGCCAUUUAAUUUCUUUUUAAUUAUAAUUGUUGGUUUAAUUCUUUGUUAUGUUUCCAUGGACGCUGCCAUAACAAGGUGUUUGUUUUUUGUUUUUUUUCCCCAAUGCCCAUAACAAUAAAUGAAAUGCAAGGAAACAACAAGAAGGGAACAGCUCCCAUUCUGACUGUGGGAGGAAUCAUUGAAACAGCAGCUGCCAAGAAAUAUUGGGCAACCACGAUCUAGCCAAUAUAAGACACCCCCUUAAUAUAUUUCCCUUCUGAGGGAGGACUCCAAAGGACUUGAGGACCUUGCUGGGGCUGGCUGCAAGCACUUCCAGGCAAAGUGCUGAUCAGAAGCGUGGAGAAAGGAGCUGGUUUCCUGAGAGCAGGUACAGCAAACCCAUGACUGUCCAGCAUCUGGAAAGGGUGCUACUGAUAGGAGAACCAGAAGGAUGGCCAUGAUGCACAAUACUCACAGCUAGCACAGACAAAGGAAAAUAAGAAACCUUCCUAACAGGAUUGGCUACUGCAUCCAAGUGACUGUGGUGGGUUUUGUUCCUCAGUUCCCCUCCCUUCACCACUAAUAUUCAGCUAGGCUCCAAAACUAAGUUGAAAAGCUAACAAAUAUCUGGCAUUAGCAGGUAUAUGGGAAUUGGCAAGAAAAUUUAGAUAUUUGGCCUCACUUUAUGGAAGGGGGAGGUAGAUGGGCAAAAUCCUCUCCUUAUAAGGACAGAUAUUCACAUUUAUUUCUUCAGUAGGUAUACAUGUUUUUGAAGUCUGAUUAGUCUUCUGCUACAACUAUCAACAAUGAAAGAAAAAUUCAGCUCUAUCCAUUUGUUCCACAUCCUGAUACCUGAUCCAGUUAUUUGUUAGUAUUCAGUUUUCUAGAAAUUGUCACCUCUGGGUACUCCAUCUGUUGCCUUCCCUGGGUUUUGACAGCAAUGAUUUCAUAGCUAUUCUUCUAAGAGUUGAGGCUCAGCCUACCAUGAGCUUUCAUACAAAAAAGGGUUGAACUGUACUUUGACUGAAAUAUUUGCUACUGUGACAGCUGAAUCCAAGUACCUCCCCCCCUCCCAUCCUGCUUUAGGAAGAUGAAAAUAUGCCUAUGUUUACUAUCUGCACUGGGCUGGUCACUGGUUGAAUUGUUUGUGUCUCUCUUUUGUUCUAAGAAAACCCUAAAGUACUCUGUUGGCUAUACCAGAAGCCUAAACUUUCCUUUCCAAUUGUAUGAUAGAUAAGAUGCUAGAGACCACAAAUGCUAGUCAAUGACAGUGUAGCUUUUUUAGAAAUUCUGUGGCAGCCUUUCCAACUUGGUGACUUUCAAACGUGUUGGGACGGUGAUACUCAAAAUUCUCGGUGAAAAGCUCUACUGUUAGGAUGUAUGGGAGCUGUAGACCAACACCGUUUCAAGGCAUCAAGUUGGGGAAGGUUGUUCUAUAUAAUAAAUCCAGAAAUUGUAUCAAUGGACUUUUCUGUCCCAAGCAUAUGAUGCAUGAACAGAAUACAUAUUAAUGUGAUGGUGAAAGGAAGGAAAGAAUCUUUGCUGUUGCCAACUUGAGAUGCCUUUUUGACAGCAUCUGUGGUAACUUAUGCCCAAGCAAGAAUUUGUGCAGGAUUUAGAUUUUCUGUCAGACCUUCUAUGAGGGGUUGAGAAGAGUCAAAUCCAAUCCACAUCCAUCAUUGCUAGAUCACAGCUUUCCCAAACCCUGAUGACAGAAUUUCUUCUCCAACAAUAGCCCAAUGGCAGACACAGAUCUCCAUAGGGAUAAUGGCCAGUGUUUCAAGCAGGGAUGACCUAAUAGUGAAAGAGUAAUUUGUCUUAGAAUUCCUCCAAAUGACCAAUUUCUGCCAUGACUAUUCCUGUCUGUACUCUGGGCUUGACAUUUCCAGGGGAAACUCACCUAGAAAACCCUUUUGCUCUCCUUCCAUUAUAGCUAGACUAAACAGAGGAACAGAAUGGUCCUGUUCAUGUAUGUGAUAUCUGCUAGCUUCUGAAGUUUGAUGGUGGAGGUUGAGUUUCGUUCCCCUUUGAAUGAAACUGACCCUGCCAAAGGGUGUGUUGAAGCCUCUUUAUUUUCUGUAGGGCAGGGACUCUUAACAAAAGCUUUUCUCUCCACGCAAAUGAUACAUGGGAUUAUUCUAAGACAGAGAAAGUCUUAGGAUUUUAAAAUCAAUGCCUCUUUUUGUAAAAGUAAGAUUAAAGAAGAGACAGUGAGGUGCACAUGCAAUCUGCCUAGUACAUAAAGUGGGAGGAGAUGUGCUGGGCACAUAAGAAAAAUAAGUGAGGCAAAUUUACAGGCCAUACUGGUUUUCUAUUACUGCAGUUUGUUUGCUUAGCUCUUCCCAAAGAAUCCUGACAACUAGAAUUUGCUGAGAGUGUCCAGAAUCUCACUAUAACACUGAACAUCCUAAGGUUCCUAGAAAGAGAAAUGAUCAUUAAGUUAGAAACUUAUUGUUAAAUUGGUACCAGUCUGAGAUGCAAAUACAUUCUAAGUUGCAUAAGACAAAAGAAUGUAACUCAAUUCCCUCUUCCUUCCCUCCCUGCACUAGUUUCAACUCAAACCAUCUUAUUUCUUUCUUCUCCUCCUUCACCAUCCUUGAUAUGUAUCUGUGUUGUUUCCUGACACUUGAAAACAUUUCCUUGCCUAGAAAAGAUAAGUAAGCAGUAAACAGGCUUGAGGAAAGCCACUGGCCUUCCUAUCCCUGAGACACAUAACAAGGACAAAUUCUAUGGGCAAGAGAGGUGACUCAGGGGAAUCAUUUCCCCAUAUAGCUGUUCCCUUGCCAGUCCCAAUGCAAUGCUUCUAUCAUCCCAAUCCCAAAAACUCAUAAACUGCUUCCGAGGAUAAUUCCAUCAUCUCAUUACUUUCCUGGCUAAGGCAAGAACAGAAGCAACCCAAGUACAUUAACUAUAGCAGAACCUCUCUUAUAUCUGUAUUAUUUAAUUUUGACUUAAAUAGCCUGGAGGACACAUCACCACUGUAGACUUCAACCUGUAGAAGGCCAUCUCACUGGAUUUCUUGCAGCAGCACUUAAAACAGUGUUUCUCAAACUUUGUCCCUCAUUACCCAAAACUGCUUAUCAGAAAGUCCUUUUUAUUUAAGUCAAUUUCAGUGUCCCUGUUGUGAUGGGUAACGGGUUCAUGUGUCGGUACCAAACAAAAAACAAAAAA